AUGCCUGCCGUCAACAACAAUCUCCCCGAGUCUGCCCAGCCUUCGCCUUUUCUCAGUGGCGGUGUACCUCCACCCUCCAGCCCUGCGAGUCAUUGCUCUGUCGACUUGCCUCUCGUUGCCUGUCUGGACGACUUGGAUGGUCAUCUCGCCAAGAAGCAGAAGAACCCCGAAAGACCAGCGGAGGAGGUAACUCGACUUUGUGAUGCAGUCAUCGCGCUUCUUGCCCAUUUGAACAAUCAAGGUCAGACUCUUCUAGCAGCGGACGGUGCAGACGAGUGUGGCGGUGUCCGGAGACAGAGCACAAACUAUGGUCUAAUAAGUCUGGGUUAG